AUGCCUACCAAUCCUACUGGCUCAUCUCACAGUGGGUCCAACCACUCCAACCCCAAUAACUCCUCGGGAGGGUCUAACAAUAAUGGAGGCGCCGGCAAUAGACGCUCGAGCACUACCAACAGACAACAGUUUGAUUACGGUCAACCAAUGAAUAAUUAUAUGUUUAACCAGCAGGCAUUCGCUAAUGCUAACAUGGGUUACAUGAACAAUGGUGUGGGCGCGCCUUUCCAAGUGUAUGCUCCUUAUUAUCAAGGUUAUUCAGGUGAUUACUCCGCUGGCUACAACAUGCCGUUUCCUAAUCAAAAUAUGAGACAAGGAAGCUUCAGUGGUUAUUACCCAAACCAAGGUCAAAACUACGGGCAUAAUCAAAAUAAGCACUUGAAAAAUCAGGGUAGUGCCAACUCUUCUCCAGUGUCUCACAAAAACAAUUUGCAUUAUAAUAAUAAUCACAACCACCACUCCCACCAUGCUCAUCAUAACAACAAUAAUGGAAACAAUACCAACGCUCUUGUUUCUGGUACUGGCAACACCAGUAGUGUGUCUUCUCCUGCUACCAGCAAUGCCUCCCUUUCAACUAACCCAAAGGCUCCAAACACUCCAAGCAAACCAGCACAUGCCACUCUCAACUCUCCUUUGGUUGCAACAGCAGGCUCUAUUCCUGCUUCGACUGGCAAGGUUACCAUCAAGAACCCUAAGGGUCAGGAUGUCGACUUGUCUUCUUUGGCUAAUAAAUCACAACCUUCUUCUCGUAUUUCAACGCCAAAGGCAGCAAAUAAUGCUAAAUUGGCCUCUGUGAGCUCACCAUCAGGUUCUGCUUCUGAUGCUGUUCGUGAUGAUUUCAGAUUAAAGGUUGCUGCUCUAGCCAAGGCCAAGGCCGAUGCUGUGGCCAAAGCUAAGGCUGAAGCUGAAGCAAACUCUAAAGAAACUGUCACCGAAGAGAAACAAGAAAAAGUCUUAAAUAAGGAGAGCUCAAAUGAAGCUGAAGCUGAAGAAGCUAAGCCUGUGGAAGAAAAUGUCGUUGAAAAUGUCGUUGAAAAGGAAGAUGAAAAAGAAGUUGAAAAAGAAGAUGAAAAAGAAGCUGAAAAAGAAGUGGAAAAAGAAAAGAACGUCGAGACUCUGGAGAAAUCUGAAAAUGCACCAUCAACGGAGUCUUCCAAACCUGAAGUUGAUGAAACCAAUGUUGAGCCAGUACCAGUAGUCGAAUCCAAGGAAGAAACCAAACCGGAAGCUGUGGAAAUAAAGGAAGAAUCAACUAAGGAAAGCGAAUCUCAAGAAUCUGAAGAAUCUCCAAAUGUUAAGGAUGUUUUCAACUUGUCUGAAUUAUUGGAGGCCAUUAGUAAAGCUAAACCAAUCGAAGACCCAUACAGCUUCAAAUACCCAGAUGACUGGGCUAUUCCUGAUGAAAGAUGCCAUGAACAUUUCAAGAAAACUGGUAAGCCAAAAUAUGAUCCUAGGUUUUUGUUACAGUUCAAGGAACCAUUGAAUUUAGAAGUUGAUCCACAGUGGAAAGAAAAACAUGCCCAUUUGUUCAGUGUCGUUGAAAUGAACAGCCGUAGUGGCUCAAUGAGAAAUUCUUCAAACUUUAGAGGUGCUCCAGGUCAAUUUGGUUUGGGUUCAAACAUUGGUAACUCUAGAGGAAUUGGUGGUAAUAUGAGAUCUCAAUCCAAUAAUCCUAGAAAAGGAUUUGGAGGCGAUUCUAAAUCUGGCUCAAGACAAUCCUCGAGAAGAAGAGGUGGUUCUAAUGCUGGUACCGGUUCUAGAAGAGACGGUCGUUCUGAUUCGAAGAGAAAUAACUCCAAGAGAUAUAAAGACAAAGAAAAUGAAGUUAAUCAAGUUUUGGAAAAUAUUGAAAACCAAAUUAAGGAUAAUGAAAAACCAGCUGAACCAGUUAAACCAUUGGAGAAAUCUGCUAAUAGAUGGGUUCCAAGAUCUCUUAAGAAGAAGACUGGUGAAGUUAAGAAGAAUGCAGAUGGCUCCGAAUUCUUGAAUGAAGAAGAAAUCAAUAGAAAAACAAAGUCCUUAUUAAAUAAGUUGACUCUUGAAAUGUUUGAAAAUAUUACCGCUGAGAUCAUUAAGAUUGCUGAACAAUCUAAAUUUGAAGAAGAUGGAAAAUCAUUGAAGCAGGUUUUAGAAUUAACCUUCCACAAGGCGUGUGAUGAACCACACUGGUCUUCAAUGUAUGCUCAAUUAUGUGCUAAGAUGGUCAAAGACUUCAGCUUGGAGGUGAAGGAUACUACGUCGAUCGAUAAGACUGGGGCUCCUCUUGUUGGGGGUCAAUUGGUCCGUAAAUGUUUAUUGACCAGAUGUCAAGUAGAGUUCGAAAAGGGUUGGGCUGAUAAAUUGCCAACAAAUCCAGACGGUAGUGCGUUGGAACCAGAAAUGAUGUCUGAUGAAUAUUAUGCUGCUGCUGCUGCCAAGAGAAGAGGUUUAGGUUUGGUGAGAUUCAUUGGUGAAUUGUACGCUUUGGGUUUGCUUUCUGAUCAAGUUAUUGUCUCUUGUAUGCACUCACUUUCGAGCAACUUCGAGGAUCCAUCUGAAGAAACUUUGGAAACUCUAUCUCAAUUAAUCACUACUGUUGGUCCAAUAAUCGAUUUGUCGAACAAACCAGGUGAUAAUAGAGCAAGAAUGAUGUUGGCAAAGGCCUUUGAAAGAAUUGGUGUAAUUAUUAACUUGAAGAUUCCUGCAAGAAUCAAAUUCAAGUUGAUGGAUUUGCUUGAUGCUAGAUCAAGCAACUGGAGUGAAUGGAGCAAAUCUAAGGGUCCAACCACCAUUGCCCAAAUCCAUGCUGAUGCUGAAAAGCAAAGAGAGGAUGAGAAGAGAAGGAAUGAAAAGAAGAUGUCGAAGGGUGGUAAGAGCUACGGUGGUGAUUCCAGACAAAACUCUAACAGCAACUGGGCUCAAAGUACUGUCUCUAGAAAUGAUAUGAAAAAUAUUGGUGUUGUGAGAAACUCUAGUGAUAAAGCCUUGGGUCCAAUCAACAAUUUUGCCAAACGCGGGGCAAGACACUCAAGUAAUAAUUUGGCUGCCGUUAACUCUAGAGAAAACUCUACUAGAUCUGUUAGUAAUUCUAUUGCCUCAAUUGGAAGCUCUGCCAAUCUUGCCGCUAAUGAAUCUAAGUCCAACUUGUUUGAUGUCUUGAAUCACGAAGAAUCUGAUGAAGAAAAUGGUAGUGAUGAAGAAGAGGAAAAUGGUGAGAAUGAUAAUGGAGAAGAAGCAGAAAGUCAGGCUGCAGAUGUCGAUGAGGAAUCUAAGGAAGAGAAGGAUUGA